AAACAGAGAUAAUUUUAGCGGAGUUGCGCGUAGGUGGAUCCCGAGGUGGAUCCAUUCAUGGGGACAUGUUGCGCCACCGGUCCCCACAUGGGCGGAACUUCGGUGAUACCAUGCAGGGGUCCGUCGGCGUGGAUCAGAUCCUCCUCAAACAUGUCCAACAAUUCUGUGGUGGUGUUGGACACCCGGACGAUCUGAACGGCGGCACCCUGCACCACGCCCUGCUGCCUGGCGUCCUGCUGGACGACGCCCUGCUGCUCGGCGUCCUGCAGAACGACGCCGUGCUGCUCGGCGUCCUGGACGACGCCUUGCUGCCCGGCGUCCUGCUGCACGACGCCUUGCUGCAGGCCGUCCUGCUGCACGACGCCUUGCUGCAGGCCGCCCUGCUGGACGACGCCCUGCUGGACGACGUCCUGCUGCACGACGCCCUGCUGGACGCCGCCCUGCUGCAAGGCAACAUUCUGCUGGACAUUCUGUUGGGGUCGGCCACGGCCAGUUCUAGGGUGUGACCCACGGUAGCAAAAGUUUUUGACAGUUGUUCUUAGAGAUGUUCGAGGUUCCCUUACUGCUUACCCCUUGCCGCGGCAACUAUGUGAGGUGAUAGCUGCACUGUGCCAUGCGCGCCAGUCCUGCUCAGAGCCGGAUUCAGGCGAAUGUCCCGAGGAACAAGGUGAGCAAUAAUUUCCAGGAACAAUUUGCUCGGUCGAUCGUGCAAAUCCGCCAACAUGGUGAGCACGGCACCAUUUGCAUACACUGCAAUUCCUGGAGUCACCUGGAUCUGUAAUAAGAAAUAAGGUUUAUCUAUGUUGCAAUUUGGAAGAAUAU